AGAUUAUCCGGUUUGCCGCUGUCGUCUGCUGUCGGAUGCUUGGUUGAUCUUGCGAAGGAUCAGUUCGGAUCCAGGUAUUUACAAGAGAAAUUAGAGUCAGCAACAACAACUUCCGUCUCGAUAAUAACGAACGAGCUUCUACCACACAUAAUCUCCUUAUCUAUGGACCUCUUUGGGAAUUACGUGGUGCAAAAGCUAUUACACAACUGUGACAACGACCAAAGAUUAAAAAUAAAAAAUAAGAUCAUUAACUCUAUUUAUGAUCUUUCGAAACACAUGUACGGUUGCAGGGUUGUUCAGAAAGCGUUCGAAGUUUUUUGCGAUGAUUACAAAUUUGAGAUGAUAAACGAGUUGAAUGGAAACGUGCUGGCCUGCUGCUACAACCAGAAUGCCAACCACGUCAUCCAGAAAGCAAUCGAACAAGUGAAAUAUGAACACGUCUGGCUGAUUGUCGAUCAAAUCAAAGGAAAGGUAUCAGUUCUGUCUAAUCACCCGUAUGCCUGUAGAAUAAUACAGAGGUUGGUAUGUUUGGAACGACUGAGUGAACAGGAUUCUUCUUUCAUCCGCGAAGAAAUUUUUGCCAGCAUCGAAUCACUGAUUCACGACCAAUACGGCAACUACGUCAUUCAGUACCUGGUUGAGAAGGGGGGUGAUAGGGCCCGCCAUGUGGUGAUGGAAUGGGUCAGAGGCCGUGUCGUCCAACUAAGUCAGCACAAGUAUUCGAGUAACGUAAUUGAGAAGUGCAUGAUGUUUGCGGAUGACGAGCAGAGGAAUUUCCUAUUCACUGAAAUUCUUGGAUGCGAUACCACACAUCCAACCAGACCACACAUCCAUCCACUCAGGUCUAUCAGCAGCUUGUUACGCGACAGAUUCGGCAACUACGUGGUCCAGAGAAUGUUUGAGAUCGCAGACGACAGGCAGAACAAAAUGCUACUGACGCACAUCAAGCCACACGUCAACAUCCUCAAGUCAUACCCCUACGGCAAGUACAUAUUAGCUAAAAUGGAAAAAAUUAAAAAUUCGAACAGC